GGCUACGUAACGCAACUGUUUGGUUGGAUUUAUCCUUAAUUACUUUGUAGACUCUCAAAUUCAAACGCCACCCAUAAUCCUUUUCUUUCUCCUCCUUGAUUUUUCUCAACUUUCUAAUACAAGUCAAAAUUUUUUGUAUCAAAUCAAAUGAACAUUACAAUGCAGCUUCCAAAGACCCUUCAUUUCAAAUUCAAACCCAAUUUUUCAUAACUUCUUCAACUCCAUCUGGAUAUAUACUGCAACAACUAACAACAUCCCAUGGCGUCCAUGAUAUUUCUUUCAUUUGUUCUUCUAAACUUCUAUAAGUGUUUGGCUCAAAAUGGCUCCCCCAUAAGCCGGGGUUCCUCCAUAGCUGCAGGAUCUAACCAUACUUGGCUUUCUCCAUCUGGGGAUUUUGCCUUCGGUUUCUAUCGUCUUCCCAACAAUCUCUACCUUGUCGGAAUCUGGUUUGAUAAAAUCCCACAGACACUGGUUUGGUCGGCCAAUCGUGACAAUCCGGCACCACCAAAUUCCCUCGUCAAGUUGAACAGAACCGGCCAGUUUGUGCUCUCGUUCCCAAAUGGCAUCAUUAUUCAACCAAUAUUCAAAGAGCAGCAGGCCCCAGCAAGUUCCGGCCAAAUGCAGGACGAUGGCAACUUCGUGUUGAAAGACUCCAAUUUCGUGGCUGUCGGGCAAAGCUUUGAUUCGCCGACAGACACGCUCCUCCCCGGACAGAUUUUGGGGGUUGACAAAAAGAUGUUCUCUGCAAAAAACAUAUCAGAUUUCUCAACUGGGAAUUUCAUGUUGCAAAUGCAAAAGGAUGGGAAUCUGGUGCUUUCCAAUUACCACUUCUCCAAUGUUGGGUAUUGGUUCACAAUAGCAACUAACAUUGAAAACACUGUGUUAGUGUUUGAUAAAUCCUCUGCUUUAAUGUACCUCACAAAUAGAAUUAACCCAAAUGGACAGAGUUUACGCAAUUUGACAGUCAAUGUUCCAGCCCCAGUUGGAGAUUACUACCACAGAGCAACAAUAAAUGUCCAUGGCGAUUUCAGGCAAUAUGUUUACCCGAAAAGUAACGGCAGUGAAUGGAUAAAGGUUUGGGGAGCCAUGAGAGACCCUUGCCUUGUGAACACGGUUUGCGGCUUAAAUGGGCUCUGCAAAUCACCCGACAACGAUACCGUAACCUGCGAUUGCUUGCCAGGUUUUGUUCAUUUGGAUCCGGCUGAUGCUUGGAAAGGCUGUCGACCGGAAACAGUAAUCAAUUACUGUAUGGGAGAUUCCGGGAAGAAUUUUACCCUCCAGGUGAUCGAGGAUGUGGAUAUUGACUUGCCCCCUGAAUCAGAGCCUUUCUCAGAUUUGGUUCGUAUGUUCAAUGUCGAUUUUGAGAGCUGCAAAAGAGCAAUCAUGGAAGAUUGUUACGUUAUGGCUGCAACUUGGAAGAAUUCGACAUGUCUGAAGAAGAGGACGCCGUUGAUGAAUGGUAGAAACACUAAUAUUACCAAAGGAACCAAAACUCUAAUCAGAGUGCCUUUAUUUUUUAAAAACAGUUCAGAAGUUCAUGACGGCAAAAACGAAAACAAUUUUAACUACCGAAAAGUCCUGGAGAUUGGCAAUAUAAUCGCCGGAGUUUUGGCUUUUUGCUUCGGUGCCGUUGUCGUUUUCUAUCAUCCAACGGCUCGAAGAUUGAUUAGGAGAAAGAACUUUUUAAGUGCGAGUGCCAUUGGAAUCAAUUUCCGAGAAUUCACUUUCCAGGAAUUGGUUGAUGCAACCGAUGGAUUCAAAAAGAUCCUUGGCCAGGGAAGUUCUUGUAAAGUAGUUCGUGGGAAUUUACACAUAGACGGUAUCGAUGUGGAAAUUGCAGUGAAAGUGCUCGACAAAAUGACUGAAAGAACCGAGACAGAGUUCGUGACAGAGCUAAGAAUCAUCGGCCGAACAUAUCACACAAAUUUGGUCAGAUUGUUAGGUUACUGCAUCGAAAACAAGAAGCAACUUCUUCUAGUGUACGAGCUAAUGCCCAAUGGAGCACUAUCAAGAUUCCUCUUCGACAAUGGCGAAAACAUGGGAGCACUAUCAAGAUUCCUCUUCGACAAUGGCGAAAACACUAUCAAGAUUUCUAAUUGUAAUUGGACACAAAGGGUAGAAAUCGCAAAGGGGAUAGCUAGAGGGUUAGCGUACUUACACGAAGAAUGCGAGACACAGAUCAUCCACUGCGAUGUGAAGCCUCAAAACGUGCUGCUCGACGCCAAUUACGCAGCGAAGAUCGCAGAUUUUGGGAUAUCGAAAUUGUUGAAGAAGGACCAAACGAGAACGAACACAGAGGCGAGAGGAACGGCAGGGUACAUGGCGCCAGAGUGGCUGAGGGGCGCUCCGGUGACGGCAAAGGUGGACGUGUACAGCUAUGGGGUAAUGCUAUUGGAAAUCAUUUGUUGCAGAAGACACAUUGAGUUGGAUCGAGUGGAAGAAGAAAGUGAGGAGGAGGAUUUGGUACUAUCGAAUUGGGUUCUGAGUCGCGCGGCGGCCGGGAAUCUAGAGACGGUGGUCGGAGAUAAGGCGGAAAUUUUGAUGGAUUUCGAGAGGUUUAAACGAAUGGCAAUGGUGGGAUUGUGGUGCAUUCAUCCAGAUGCAUCUCAAAGACCAUCAAUGAAGAAGGUUACCCAAAUGUUGGAAGGCACCGCCGAAGUUGGAACCCCUCCUCUGCUUCUCUGUUCCUGAAUAUCUCGCCUCUUCCGCUUCUCUGGGCCAAAAUUUCAUAAAAGGAUUCCAAUCUCAAAAUUUUUUGGAGAUCGAAAGAGAAUUAAGAGAGGAGAAGAGAGAUUGGAAUUUUUUUUCUUAGAACUAUUUUUCUUCACUGUCUUCUUUGUCAAACGAAGAAAAAGAAGCCAAAAAAAUCCCAAUUCCUCACUCACCACGUCCUGAGUUGAGAAAUUAGGGAAGUAAGUUA